ACGUCGAUUCAUUUUCGGGGACUGCUGGGAUCAAUGGUUGCAUACUCCCAUGUUCAGGCUUGAUCAGCCCAUUAAACCAGCUACUACCUUUUCCAAGGAACAAAGCCUGAGCGAGCCGUGCCUACCUAACCUCUCGCGCGAAGACUGCACCUGACCAUUCAUACCCAGGACGGUUAAAUGCACUCCACAAUUAAUUUCUCCGUUGAGGGUGAUCGAAUCAAACUACAUCUUCACUCAAAUGACACUUGGAAAAGUUCUCCAAAAUGGAAGGCAUCUUUAAAUCUACACAUGACAGCAUUGGCUGCUCCGAUAAUCCACCUUUGGAGGAAUUAUUUAUAUGGUCGUUAUCAGGCACUUCACACUUCAAGAUGUCGCUCGCAGCCGCGCCACUUCAGAACUUCUUCCAGAGGAGAUUUAUUAUGCAGCGCUUAUGCGCGUACCUGUCGUGCCAAAAUUGAAUCCCUCGAAUUGCAAGGAAAAUGGACUGCGGCCGUUUCGCAAAUUCGGACGGAAGGAAAGGAGCAAUAAAACGAGGAUGUUACAGCUGGCAAGGGCAAGAGAGAGGACGAGUGGUGCUCUUUCGGCCGCGGGGCGAGAGAAGGAGACGCCGAGUGGAAGACCGAAAACGGCGGAAAAGGGGUCCUCGAGAUGGGAGUCGCAAGUCAGAGGAAACGAGGAAACUAGGCCUCGAGGGAGGAUUCUGGAGGCUAGAGGUCCUUAGCGCCGUUUUUCCAGGUCGCUACUCAGGAGAAAUAAUACCUUCUUACUCGGUGACCUCGGCCAAGUCCUAAUCGAUAACGUAUGCCGGUUGUUCCGCUCCCGGAGAGGUUUUUUCAAAUCCGAGGAGAUCAGCCACUCCGCCUCCGCAGCGGAUUUCUUCGGGUAGAGCUCGCCAAGGACGGAAAAUAAGGAAGGGCUCGGGGACUCGGGAAGGACGAGUUUAGGACGUGACGAGUGCACGAUGAAGUCCAGGAGAAGCCGGCCACUAGGCCGGAACGAUCCCCUGGGAUCUUUGAGAAGGUAGAUCCAGAGGAGAGCUUCCCUGGUCCAGGGAACAGGAACGACGGUGUCCCGGAGAAACCGAGAUGAAGGAUCUGGGGAACUCGCGAAUGCCCGACUGGCGAUGCGUUUAACGCGUGCCGGGGGCGUUCUACCCCAUUAGGUGGGCCACUGGCCCGCCGAGGGCUACAACUUCCUGCGGGGAAUUUCGGAUUUCGAGGAAAGUCUGUAGAGAAUUAACGGGAGUUCGCCGUGUAAUCGAGAGGGUGUUGCUGGCCAAGCGUGUCCAGGCGAAAGUGACCAUUAGCCCUCUAGAGCGGAGGAAUUGAAAUUGGAAUUGGAAUUGGACCCUGCACCGCAAAGGAAGGUCCAGUUCGACCCGAUUUCGAGUUCGCUCGCGGAGACCGUUCAUUGGGAACCAGGUCGCCGGACCCGUGAUCGGAAUCCCGAAUCGGACCGACCCGGUCGGCGCCCGUUGAUCUCGACGCCUCGGUCAGCCCGGUCCACCGUUGAAGAUGAGACCGUUGGCCUCGUUGGCGGUGAUCCUCGAGCUGCUGCUGCUGACGAUCUCGCCAAUAGACGAGGUUCGCUGCAGGAUCCCUGCCGAGCGGGAGGCCGUGGUGAUCCCGGGGGACAUUGUUCUAGGAGGGCUGUUUCCGGUGCACGAGAAGGGGGGCUCCACUUGCGGGCCCAAGAUCUACAACCGAGGAGUCCAGCGUCUGGAGGCGAUGCUCUUCGCGGUCGACCAGAUCAACCAGCAGCGUGAGAUCCUUCCAGGGAUCACCUUGGGGGUGCACAUCUUGGACACCUGCAGCAGGGACACCUACGCGCUGAAUCAGAGCCUCCACUUCGUUAGGGCCUCACGGUCCAACCUGGAUAUCAGCGUUCUGGAGUGCGCCGACCGGUCGACCCCCAGAGUGCGGAAAUCCGCGAGCGCGGGUACUCUCUUCGGGGUGGUCGGCGGUUCCUACAGUUCCGUAUCCCUUCAGGUGGCGAACCUGCUGAGGCUGUUCCACAUUCCGCAGAUAUCCCCGGCCUCGACGGCCACCGCCCUCAGCGACAAGACCAGGUUCGACUACUUCGCCAGGACGGUUCCACCGGACACCUUCCAAUCCAUCGCCCUGGUGGACGUGGUAAAGAGCGCCAACUGGUCCUACGUGUCCACGGUCUACUCGGAGGGCUCCUACGGAGAGUACGGGAUCGAGGUGUUCACCAGAGAGGCCACCGAGAGGAACGUGUGCAUCGCCGCCGCGGAGAAGGUGCCCAGCGCCGCCGACGACCGCGUCUUCGACAACGUCAUCCAGAGGCUGGGCAAGAAGCCGAACGCGAGGGCCGUUGUCCUCUUCACAAGGGCAGAGGACGCCAGAAGGAUUCUGGAGGCGGCCAGAAGGUCCAACGUGUCCCAGCCCUUCCAGUGGAUCGCCAGCGACGGCUGGGGCAGGCAGACCAAGCUCGUCGAGGGCCUCGAAGAGGAGGCCGAAGGGGCCAUCACGGUUGAGCUCCAGUCGAAGAAUAUCCCAGAGUUCGACGAGUACAUGGCCUCUCUCACUCCGGAGACGAAUCGCAGGAACCCCUGGUUCGCCGAGUACUGGGAGGACGCGUUCGACUGCACCCUGAGGCAGAACGUCCCCCUGGUAACGAACCGCAGCCUCGCGGUCUGCUCCAACAAACUCAGGCUCGUCGCCGAGAAGGGAUACGAGCAGGAGUCCAAGGUGCAGUUCGUCGUCGACGCCGUCUACGCUUUUGCCCUGGCCCUGCACAAACUUCGCAAGGAUCUCUGCGGCAAGAGGGAGGGCUUAUGCUCUGCCAUGAUCAACUACGACCGCGGUGCCUUCUACAGGAACUAUCUGCUCAACGUCUCCUUCGUCGACUUUGCCGGCAGCGAGGUGAAGUUCGACGAGCACGGGGACGGGCUGCCCCGCUACGAGAUCCUGAAUUUCAGGAAGACCAACAGCGGCACCAACGGCUAUCACUAUCGGGUGGUGGGCAAGUGGUACAACUAUCUUAACAUGGAGCCGGAGGAGCUCGUUUGGAGCCGGGGCACGAAGGACAUCCCCAUCUCGGCGUGCUCGCUGCCCUGCAAGUCGGGCAUGAUAAAGAAGCAACAGGGCGACACCUGUUGCUGGGUCUGCGACCGGUGCGAGGAAUACGAGUACGUCUUCGACGAGAUGACCUGUCGAGACUGCGGGCCCGGGUACUGGCCCCAUCCCGACAAGAGGGGUUGCUACGCCUUGCCGAUAAAGCACGUACGAUGGAGCAGCGCUUUCGCGAUAGCUCCGGCAGUCAUAGCCUGUCUGGGGAUCUGCGCCACCCUGGGGGUGGCGGGCCUGCUCUUCAGCCAUAGGGACACCCCGGUCGUUCGGGCCUCCGGCAGGGAGUUGACCAUCAUCCUUCUCGCGGGGGUGCUCCUGUGCUACCUGAACACCUUUCUUCUUCUGGCCUCUCCCACCACCCUGGUCUGCGUGAUGCAGAGGUUCGGAGUCGGGGUAGGAUUCAGCGCCGUCUACGGGGCUCUUCUGACCAAGACCAACCGCAUCGCCCGGAUCUUCGAUUCCGCGUCCAGGUCCGCCGUCAGGCCCAGGUACAUCAGCCCGACUUCUCAGGUCUGCAUCGCCGCUGCCCUGGUCGCGUGCCAGGUGGUGCUGACCCUGGUGUGGAUGAUCGUGGAACCGCCGGGCACCAGACUCUAUUUUCCCGACCGCACCGAGGUCAUCCUCAAGUGCAACAUUCAGGACAUGAGCCUGCUCUUCUCGCAGCUGUACAACGCCACGCUGAUCCUCCUGUCGACGAUCUACGCCGUCAAGACCAGGAGGAUCCCGGAGAACUUUAACGAGAGCAAGUUCAUCGGGUUCACCAUGUACACGACCUGCAUUAUCUGGCUGGGCUUCGUGCCGAUCUACUUCGGCACGGGGAACUCCCACGAGACGCAGAUCACCACGCUCUGCGUGGCCAUUAGUCUCAGCGCUUCCGUCACUCUGAUCUGCCUUUACUCGCCCAAGGUCUAUAUCAUCGUCUUCCAGCCGGAUAAGAACAUCAGAGGUAAGGUAAGGAUCGGAGGCAGCACCUUCAAGAAGCAAGCCAGCAGCGUCGGGGCGUCCGUCUCCAGGUAUCCGGGAUGCGAGCUGACCAACGACGGCAUGCGAGGGAGCGAAAACGUACCCCUGCAAGGUGCCCUGAUCGUCGCCGUUCAAACCUCCGUGGGUAUCAGUGAAAUAUCGACGGACUCGAACGCUUUAAACAAAGGUGACUCCGAGGAGGUGGCGCAAUUGUAAGUUUCCAAGAGGCCGUUCGAUUGCAAAUGGCAGGCGAUUAUGCGUAUAAAAUUAAGUCGCGCCAUCGGCGCUCUCGUGAUAAGGACUUCGGAACCCGCGUCUCAUCGUGUAUAUAAUUCGGGAGGAUCUUAAAAAAUAUACAGAUCUCGGAAAUAUCAAGGAGAACCGUUUAGCCGUAAGCGCACGAAGUAAUAGAUAUGUAUUGUUGCAAAUCUGGUGGUUGGCGGUGUCGCGAGUUUUUAUGGACGUUGAUCAGUGGAGGUGGAGGCGGAUGGUUAAAGCGUGGGGUAGUUUACCAUGUUGAAGCUGUUUUGAGAUUUAUAACCAUCGGUGUCUCGAUGUGCAUGUAUAUAAAGAGUGUGUCGUUCGGGUGUCUCUUUUCCAGAGUGUGAAAACAAUUAACGAUCGUUAUUAGAGAGUGACGCGGUAAGGGUUAACCAAGUGCUGUGAUUUCGUUUCCUUCGGAGGUCGUCCGCGACGCACCGCUCCACGUAUAUAUUUAUUCUAUCGACUUGCCGACGAUGCUCGCUUAUCAUUUGCCGUCGUAGCACGUGACAUAAGGUAACCGUUGCAAUUGUUAAGCAAUAAUCGAGCCGGCCCACGGGGCGUUUCGUACUUUUUCAGUUUAGCGAUUCUUCUUAAAUCUCUGACGCAUUUUUUUGCGUUUCCGGUGAGCCAACGCGAAACGCUGCGUAUCUUUAAUUUCCGAGCAGGUACUUGGAAACGAGAUAUCCUUUGAUUGAUCGAUGAGAAGCUUCUUUACCUCUACAAUCGAGGGAUGAUUUAACGAUUUCUUGAGGAGAGCCGUCAAAGUACACAGAACAUGGCCAUAAAAUGUAUCUCUAUAGUAAGAGCGGUAUUAUCGAUAUUCACCCGGCGAAAACGUAGAUUAAAUCGAUUAUUUAUCGAAGCUCAGGAGUCAUCUGUACGUGGUCGACAGGUACGGUAGAAUGUCGUAGUCGGUAGCGAUGAAUAAACUCGUUAAUAAGUUAUUGUCCCACUCCUGUAAAAUUGUACAAUUUGGCGACCAACGGUUGGUUGGUUGCGUCAACUCAAUAAAUCGGACGGUACU